UCUUUCAAUUGACUGAAAACGCGUUUGCGGCCGACGCGGCCAUGGUGUGCCAGUAGUAGAGAUGGCGACGAGGGGAACCCGGCAGCGGAACAGACGAGGAAGCAAACAAGACGCAAAUAACGUGAAUUCCAACAUUGCAAGUGAUACCCGUAUAACCAAAGACGAAAAAGGGAUCGAAGACAAUAAAACUCCAGAAAUACGGAAUGAUUUGUACCCAGAUAAGCAUGUGAUCCCCUUCACCCAGCCUUUAUCCUAUCGUAGGACCUCCAGCAAGGCAGGCCAGGUAUGGGCACCCGAGGGCUCCACUGCUUUCAAGUGCCUGGUGUCAGCCCGCUUCUGUGCUGCCUUGCUCAGUAACAUCUCCGAUUGUGACGAGACCUUCAACUACUGGGAGCCUACACAUUACCUGCUGUAUGGCAAAGGGAUGCAGACGUGGGAGUACUCCCCGGCUUACGCCAUCCGGUCUUACGCCUACCUGUGGCUGCACGCCCUGCCCGCCUGCUUUCACGCCAAGAUACUGCAGACCAACAAGGUCCUGGUGUUCUACUUCCUGCGCUGUGUGCUGGCGUUCACCUGCUGCGUCUGUGAGCUCUACUUCUACAAAGCCGCGUGUAAGAAGUUUGGUCUCCACGUAGGACGGCUGAUGCUGGCCUUCCUUGUCCUGAGUGCCGGAAUGUUCUGCUCCUCUGCAGCCUUCCUGCCCAGCACUUUCUGCAUGUACAGCACGAUCGUGGCUAUGACAGGCUGGUUUCAGGACAUGCCCAGUUUGGCCAUCCUAGGCGUGGCAGCAGGGGCCAUCGUGGGCUGGCCCUUCAGUGUCCUUUUGGGGUUGCCCAUUGCCUUUGACCUGCUGCUGCUGAAACGCAGAUGGAAGAGCUUCAUUACCUGGACUCUGGUGUCCCUGCUUCUGUUCCUGGCCCCUGUGGUGGCAGUGGACAGCUAUUACUAUGGAAAGCUGGUGAUCGCUCCCCUCAACAUCAUCCUGUACAACGUGUUCACUCCGCAUGGCCCCGAUCUCUACGGCACAGAGCCCUGGCAGUACUACUUUGUGAACGGUUUCCUGAACUUUAACGUGGUGUUCGUGCUGGCCCUGCUCUCCCUGCCUCUCACUGCGCUGAUGGAAGCCCUGCUUCAGAGGUUUAAUGUGCAGAACCUGGGCCGGCCCUACUGGCUCACUCUCUCUCCCAUGUACCUGUGGAUGCUGGUGUUCUUCACGAGGCCCCACAAAGAGGAGCGCUUCCUCUUCCCCAUCUACCCCCUCAUCUGCCUGUGCGGGGCUGUGGCCCUGUCAUCACUGCAGAAAUGCUACCACUUCCUGUUCCAGCGCUACCGUUUGGAGCACUACACAAUCUCCUCCAACUGGCUGGCCCUGGGGUCUGUGCUGCUGUUUGCGGUUCUGUCGCUGUCUCGAUCCGUGGCUCUUUUCAGAGGCUACCAUGCCCCUCUGGACCUGUAUCCUGAGUUUCACCGCAUCGCCAAGGACCCUACCAUUCACACCGUUCCAGAGGGGAGGCCGGUCACCGUGUGCGUGGGCAAGGAGUGGCACCGAUUCCCCAGCAGCUUCCUGCUGCCCAACAACUGGCAGCUCCAGUUUAUUGCGUCUGAAUUUCGGGGGCAGCUCCCCAAGCCCUACGGCCCGGGCCCCCUGGCCACGCGGGCCCUCCCCUCCCACAUGAAUGACCAGAACAUGGAGGAGCCGUCCAGAUACGUGGAUAUCAAGCACUGCCACUACCUGGUGGACCUGGACACUGAGACGGAGGCCCCUCGCGAGCCGCGCUAUGCCGCCAACAAGGAGGAGUGGAGCAUCGUGGCCUACAAGCCCUUCCUGGACGCUGCCAGGUCUUCUCGCUUGCUCCGGGCGUUCUUUGUCCCGUUCCUGUCGGAGCAGUACACCACUUACAACAGCUACGUCAUCCUCAAACCCCGCCGGCCCAAGCAAGCCAGGAAACGGACACAGCCCUGACCCCCCCCCGACCCCCGAUCCCAGCCGCACACAUGCAAAAACACACACACACACACAAUCACUCUGUCUAUCCCUCAGGUCAUCGUUUCCCAUAUUUCCUCUGUCAUCAGCUUGGUCAGCGGCUCCACCUGCUAGCAGUGUGUUCGGCCAGCGGGUGUGUGAGCGUGCACACAUGUGAUUGUGUGUAUCUGUGUGUAUAUGUAGUAUGUGUCUAUUUCUUUGUGUGUGUAUGUCCACGUAUGUGCAUUUUAACAGUGUGUCUGUGUGUAUGUGUGUAUUUAUGCAUGGAUGUUUGUGUGAAUGUGUGUGCGUGUGUGUGUGUGUGUGUCACACUACUUGCUUGGACCAGGAGGGUCAGGGAAAGGAUGAGCCUGCAAACACAAACAGCAGUGGAGCUACAGAGCAGCUGUAUGACCAAGCCCCCUCUGACCUCUGACCUCUCCCCCACUAUCACACAUUCCUUUACCCUUCGCCUACAUCCAUCUGCAAUUCUGCCUCUUGGGUUUGUGUAUAAAAGAAGGAGGCUGAAGAUUCCGGUCCCCUCCCCGUCGUGGUGUAUCCAUGUUUUCUUUGUUUCCCCGUGACCGGCCCAGGAAACCAAAUGAACCGAACUCUGCCGGCCUCCACCCGGCCUGUUUACGCCCCGGCCGGAGCCUCGUCCCGCGUCUGUCGCCCGUCUCCCCGCGUCUGUCGCCCGUCUCCCCGCGUCUGUCGCCCGUCUCCCCGCGUCUGUCGCCCGUCUCCCCGCGUCUGUCGCCCGUCUCCCCGCGUCUGUCGCCCGUCUCCCCGUGUCUGUCGCCCGUCUCCCCGUGUCUGUCGCCCGUCUCCCCGUGUCUGUCCCCCGUCUCCCCGUGUUCUUUCUUUACAGAGUAAAUAUAAGAAUCAUGCUAAGCCAUAUCGUGCGAUUUGUCCUGAUCCUCCACAGCACCCCUGUUUGGCAGGAAGAUGUAGAAAUAACCGUGCAGUUCUAAAAGGCACCUACUGACUGACCGAUGUUCUUUACAUUUAUGAUUUAAUUCAUUUAAUUCAUACUUUCUGAUCAGAAAAUUGAACCAAAUUAUUGAAAUGAAAAUUUAAGAGGGAAAAAGUCAAUAGGUAGGGCAAUAUGUCAAUGAAAAUAUAUUCUGAGGAAAAUGUAUGUCUGGGAGAAAAAAGUUUUUUGUUGGAUGUACAAAUGUCAAAUUUACAAAUUCUUGGUAGGUCCAACCUAAAAAAAUGUUUUUUUUAUUUUUUAAUAUAAGAAUGGCCCCUGACGAUAUUAAUUGGGUUGGUUUUGUGAAGGAGUCUCCUCUUUGGUUCAACGAGGCUAUAUGUCAGCUACCAAAAUGGAUCAGGAUGUCUGCGUUGAAUGUUUACAUUUGGAUUGUCUUGUGUAUUGUAACAGGAAUUCAAACCAGUGUUAACUGUGACAAGAACAUUGUCAAAUAAAAGACAAGAUAUCAUUGUG